GCGGAAGAAAGCGUGGGGAGGCUAUAUCAGUCUUCACUCCUCAAGCUGGAAGAAACAAUACGAAAGACACGGCUCUCAAACGACAAGCUUUCUCAACAGCUAUUCACUCUCAAUAACAGAACGAUAAACGUUGCGGAGAAGAUCGGAUUUCACACCUUUGAGGAACUAGAGGGGGCCGUAAUCAAUGAGCCAGCCGUCUGGAAUGCGGAAGCGAUUAAGGAUAAGUCGGCAGUAAAAAAUGGGGGGAAUUCUCAGCAGCGAACUCCUAUUCAACAAGAAUCUUCUGCUCUCGGGACAUUCAGAGAUGAGCUCGAGGUGCUAAAACGUCAAGUUAUGCAAUUGCAGCAUCGCUCGAAUCCUAAAGUUCCGGAUACACUAGUAAUAGAAUCGCCAGACGCGAGCAAACCAAGGCGUGUUCCUUUAUCGCCAUUGAAGUCAGUUGGGAAUUCUAGUCCCACAGAUGAGCGUGACCUGCGUACCGAGCUGCGAGUACUAUCCCGCAAAUACGAUGCCUUAGUCGUAGCAAAGAAAGCAGCGGAGAAGAAAUACAAAGACGAUUACAGACGGUGGAAGUCCUUCAAGUCUUGGCUUCUCAAUAAGUCGAAACAUGCCAAGGCUUUGAGGGCCCAGAUCGCAGAGGAGAAAUUGGAUUUUGCAGACGACUUGCAUGAACGUGAAAAUUCUAGUAAUCAAUAUGCGCCUUUCGCUUCCAGUUCGGGGCUUGCAUCAUUGCCGCGGUCAAUGCAAGGAGACGACUAUGGUCGACGACCAUCACCGACGUCAUCUAGUAGAACACUGGGCCGCGCACGGUCAAAGCCAGUCAAAGCCGAGGAUGAGCGACUUGAUAAUUGUGUCGGUCGCGUUGCUCGACCAGAAUCUUACACUUUGAAGGCUGACGGAAAAAGAAAGGCCCAAAGUCCCGGAUCGGAGAUUCCAGCAAAGACAGAAUCCGUUGAAGGCUCCUCUAGGAUUAAGGAAGAGAGCCUGUCGAGCCGCGACGUUCUCGGCAGUUCUACAAAGAAGAGAGGCCGGUAUUCGGAUGUGGCAGACGUUGAGGAGGCAUUAAAUGCCCUCUUCGAGAUUGACACUUCACGUAAUAACGGCUUGCCGUUCCAAUUCGACGAGGUUGUCCGGGGGCGAAAGCAACGACAUCAGUUAGAAGCAGGGGACUGUGAUUGCUGCAGAGAGUAUUAUGAAUGUCUCGAGCCACUCCCGAGUCGACCAGGUCUUCCAUUAUGGGAAUCCCUUCCACCAGCCGAUGAGCCCAACUUAUUGCAUCGUCAUCACCGACAUUCAUCGCCCGAGGUAGCAAUGCAUCAUAGACAACAGAUUUCCCGGCAUCGCCAUCAGUGGUCACCCGCCAAGACACCUCCAGACUAUUGGAACAUCGGCUUCCCUACCACACAAGAGGCGGCGGACAUAAACCGGCGAGCGGCAGAUAUGCAUGCGCAAAAACGUCGACGCGUAGAGGAAGAGGCGGGGUAG